UUUUUCCUCAUUUUUUAAAUUAAGACAUUAAGAUCCAUUUCCAAAAGAUAAUUUUUUUAUUCCUCUUUUUGCUCAACUUUAGCGUGGGGCUGAAGACUUUUUUUGCUGCACCGAACAGAAACAUCUGUAUGCUCCAGUGAUUUCCCCACUUUCAAUUACAUUCAGUUGAGGAGUACGGUCACAAAUAUGUGAUUAGAAUGUUUUGCAAACCGAGAGUUCCGCAUUAUGAUGCGACAAUUACCCUCAGAGAUUUUCCCCAUAAAAAACACUGAAACUAUAGAUCGUUUGCGUAGAAUUCUAGAAGGAACCAGGAAAAUAAUUAAUUCCUCAACAGGUUAAAGCCUGACUGAUAAAUCGGUGUGCUUUUUAAAGAAUCAGUACAGAUUAUAGAUCCCAAAUCGAACCACAAAAGUGUUUUUCAAAAGCGAAAAGAAAAAUUUCUGGCGAGGUGCGGGUGUAGGCUGUGCUAUGACGUAGAUUACAAUAACUGUAAAUAAUUGAAAAUGUAUCUGUAGCGUGGAACAAGCUCUCCGUCUCGUCAUGCAUGAAUAAUUUCUUGUGACUCUAAAUUGUUUCAUACAUACACACAUGAGGAUUAGCUUCGAACAGAAUUUGACACAGAAAAUGUCAUCAGCCAAUAUUGAAUUAUAGAAAGUCUGCCAUUCUAAAUCGUUAUGGUAACUCUUCCAGGUGUAUCAGAACACCCGCACAUAAGGCAACAGAAGAUCCAUGGACCGAAUGAUGAACUCAAAGGAAGGCUUUACCACCGCUCAGUCUACAGGAAGAGUUUAACAGCCCUUACUGAACUCGAGAAACCGCAGCAAACACACUCUCAUGGUGUUAAUCAAAGGCAGAGUACUGGCAAAAGGCAACAUAAAAAUGCCAAUUGUGGAAAAGCCUUUUCAAAAAUGUCACAUCUUAAAGCCCCUUUCUUAAUACACACUAGAAGGAAGCCUCAUAAAUGUGUCAAGUGCGAUGGAGCUUUUACAAAGCUCUCAACUCUUAAACGCCACAUGUUCAUACAUACUGGAGAGAAGCCUCACAAAUGUACCCAGUGUGGAAAAGCUUUUUCACGAAGUUCAGCUCUUAAAACCCACAUGCUAAUACACACUGGAGGGAAUCCUCAUAAAUGUGUCCAGUGUGGAAAAGCUUUUUCAACAAGUUCAGCUCUUAAAAGCCAUUUACUAAUACACACUGGAGAGAUGCCUCAUGAAUGUGCCCAGUGUGGAAAAACUUUUUCACAAAGUUCAUAUCUUAAAACCCACAUGCUAAUACACACUGGAGAGAAGCCUCACAAAUGUACCCAGUGUGGAAAAGCUUUUUCACAAAGGUCAUAUCUUAAAACCCACAUGCUAAUACACAUUGGAGUGAAGCCUCAUAAAUGUGCCCAGUGUGGAAAAGCUUUUUCAAAAAGUUCAGCUCUUAAAAGCCAUUUACUAAUACACACUGGAGAGAUGCCUCAUGAAUGUGUCCAGUGUGGAAAAGCUUUUAAACAUCUCUCAAAUCUUAAAACCCACAUGGUAGUACACACUGGAGAGAAGCCUCACACAUGUACCCAGUGUGGAAAAGCUUUUACAUAUCUCUCAUCUCUUAAAAAACACAUUCUCAUACAUACUGGAGAGAAGAAUCAUAUAUGUGUCCAAUGUGGAAAAGCUUUUUUGCAAAUUUCAGCUCUUAAAAGCCAUUUACUAAUACACACUGGAGAGAAGACUCAUGAAUGUGCCCGGUGUGGAAAAGCUUUUAAACAUCUCUCAAAUCUUAAAACCCACAUGGUAAUACACACUGGAGAGAAGCCUCACAAAUGUACCCAGUGUGGAAAAGCUUUUACAUACCUCUCAUCUCUUAAAAAACACAUUCUCAUACAUACUGGAGAAAAGCAUCAUAUAUGUGUCCAAUGUGGAAAAGCUUUUUCGCAAUGUUCAACUCUUAAAAGCCAUUUACUAAUGCACACUGGAGAGAAACCUCAUGAAUGUGCCUUGUGUGGAAAAGCUUUCAGACAUCUCUCUCAUCUUAAAACCCACAUGCUAAUACACACUGGAGAGAAGCCUCAUAAAUGUGUCCAGUGUGGAAAAACGUUUACCCGCAACUCAAAUCUUAAACGCCACAUGUUCAAACAUACUGGAGAGAUGCCUCACAAAUGUACCCAGUGUUGAAAAGCUUUUUCACAAUGUUCAGCUCUUAAAAGCCAUUUACUAAUACACACUGGAAAGAAACCUCAUGAAUGUGCCCUGUGUGGAAAAGCUUUCAAACAUCUCUCAAAUCUUAAAACCCACAUGGCAAUACACACUCACAAAGACAGCCACACAAGUACUCAGUGGGGAAAUGCUUUUACACACAUUUCAGGUCUUAAAAGCCAUUUACGAAUACACACUGGAGAGAAAUCGCUUUAUUAA